AAGCUCGCGCCGCCGCCGCUCAGCUCCCCGGCGCGACCAGGACCCGCUGCGCCACGCGCGCCAUCCCCGGACCCGGCGCUUGCCGCGAGGAKCGGGACCCCGCCGUAGGACCUCCUCGCCCCCGCGUCCUGCGGCCGUCGCCACCCGCGGCCAGGGCCCCGGAGCCAGCGCGCCUGCCUCCGCCCCAGCCCCGCGACCCUCCGCCUUCCCGAGCGAGCGCCAUGGACGCCCCGGGGCCACAGCCCGACCCCGACGGCGGGGACGCCCCAGGCCACGAGCCCGGGGGCAGUCCCCAGGACGAGUUCGACUUCUCCAUCCUCUUCGACUAUGACUAUCUGAAUCCCAUCCCAGAAGAACCGAAUGCACAUAAGGUCGUCAGCCCACACUCCGGAAUCUACCCCGAUGAUGUCCCGGACUAUGGCCCCAAGCCCUACAGCCCCCGGGCCAGUUUCCCGGGCGAGCCCCCCGGCCGGUUUGCAGAGCCGGAUAGGGUCGGGCCCCCGAACUUUCUGAGCCCGGCCAAGCCAGCGGGGGCCUCGGGCCUGAGCCCUCGGAUCGAGAUCACUCCGUCCCACGAACUGAUGCAGGCAGGGGGGUCCCUCCGCGCCCGGGACUGCGCCCUGCUGGUGGAGCCGCCGGCGGCCGGCCCGAGGUUCACGCUGCCCGUGCCCGGCUUCGAGGGCUACCGCGAGCCGCUUUGCUUGAGCCCCGCUAGCAGCGGCUCCUCUGCCAGCUUCAUUUCCGACACCUUCUCCCCCUACACCUCGCCCUGCGUCUCGCCCAAUAACGGCGCGCCCGACGACCUGUGUCCGCAGUUUCAAAACAUCCCUGCUCAUUAUUCCCCCAGAACCUCGCCAAUAAUGUCACCUCGAACCAGCCUCGCCGACGACAGCUGCCAGGGCCGCCACUCGCCCGUGCCGCGUCCGGCCUCGCGCUCCUCGUCGCCCGGCGCCAAGCGGAGGCACUCGUGCGCCGAGGCCCUGGUCGCCCCGCGGCCCGCAGCCUCGCCCCAGCGCUCGCGCAGCCCCUCGCCGCAGCCCCCGCACGCGGCGCCCCGGGACGGCGCUCCCCCGGCCGCACUCGGCCCCGCGGGGCCCGCCGUGCUCAUGGACGCGCUCAGCAGCCUCGCCGCGGACUCGCCCUGCGGGAUCCCCCCCAAGAUGUGGAAGACCAGCCCGGACCCCGCGCCCGUGGCGGCCGCCCCGCCCAAGGCCGGCCUGCCCCGCCACCUCUACCCGGCCGUGGAGUUCCUGGGGCCCUGCGAGCAGGAGGAGCGCAGGAACUCGGCGCCCGAGUCCAUCCUGCUGGUGUCGCCCACCUGGCCCAAGCAGCUGGUGCCGGCCAUUCCCAUCUGCAGCAUCCCAGUGACCGCGUCCCUCCCGCCCCUCGAGUGGCCACUCUCCAAUCAGUCGGGCUCCUAUGAGCUGCGGAUUGAGGUGCAGCCCAAGCCACAUCACCGGGCCCACUAUGAGACGGAGGGCAGCCGAGGGGCCGUCAAAGCCCCCACAGGAGGCCACCCUGUGGUUCAGCUGCACGGCUACAUGGAGAACAAGCCGCUGGGGCUCCAGAUCUUCAUUGGGACGGCCGACGAGCGGAUCCUCAAGCCGCACGCCUUCUACCAGGUGCACCGGAUCACGGGGAAGACCGUCACCACCACCAGCUAUGAAAAGAUCGUGGGCAACACCAAGGUCCUGGAGAUCCCCCUGGAGCCCAAGAACAACAUGCGGGCAACCAUCGACUGCGCGGGGAUCCUGAAGCUGCGCAAUGCCGACAUUGAGCUGCGCAAGGGCGAGACGGACAUCGGCAGGAAGAACACGCGUGUGCGCCUGGUGUUCCGCGUGCACAUCCCCGAGGCCAGCGGUCGCAUCGUCUCCCUGCAGACGGCGUCCAAUCCCAUCGAGUGCUCCCAGCGGUCCGCCCACGAGCUGCCCAUGGUGGAGAGACAGGACAUCGACAGCUGCCUGGUCUACGGGGGCCAGCAGAUGAUCCUCACGGGCCAGAACUUCACGGCCGAGUCCAAGGUCGUGUUCACGGAGAAGACCACAGAUGGGCAGCAGGUCUGGGAGAUGGAAGCCUCCGUGGAUAAAGACAAGAGCCAGCCCAACAUGCUUUUUGUCGAGAUCCCCGAGUAUCGGAACAAGCACAUCCGCACCUCCGUGAAGGUGAACUUCUACGUCAUCAAUGGGAAAAGAAAACGAAGCCAGCCUCAGCACUUCACCUACCACCCAGUCCCGGCCAUCAAGACGGAGCCCACCGAUGAGUAUGACCCCUCUCUGAUCUGCAGCCCCGCCCCCGGGGGCCUGGGGAGCCCGUCUUAUUACCCACAGCACCCGAUGGUGGCCGAGUCCCCCUCCUGCCUCGUGGCCACCAUGGCUCCCUGCCAGCAGUUCCGCUCAGGGCUCUCGUCCCCUGAUGCCCGCUACCAACAGCAGAACCCAGCGGCCGUUCUCUACCAGCGGAGCAAGAGCCUGAGCCCCAGCCUGCUGAGCUACCAGCAGCCCACCCUCAUGGCCGCACCCCUGUCCCUCGCGGACGCCCACCGCUCCGUGCUGGUGCAUGCCGGCUCCCCGGGGCAGAGCUCGGCCCUGCUCCACCCCUCCCCGGCCAGCCAGCAGGCCCCGCCGGUGAUCCACUACUCGCCCACCAACCAGCCGCUGCGCUGCGGGGGCCACCAGGAGUUCCAGCACAUCAUGUACUGCGAGAACUUCCCGCCAGGCGCUGCCCGGCCCGGCCCGCCUCCCGUCAGUCAAGGGCAGAGGCUGAGCCCGGGCUCCUACCCCACCGUCAUCCAGCAGCAGAAUGCCACCAGCCAAAGAGCCGCCAAAAACGGACCCCCAGUCAGUGACCAAAAGGAAGUAUUACCUGCGGGAGUGACCAUUAAACAGGAGCAGAACUUGGACCAGGCCUACUUGGACGAUGAGCUGAUAGACACACACCUUAGCUGGAUACAAAACAUAUUAUGAAACAGAAUGACUGUGAUCUUUGAUCCGAGAAACCAAAGUUAAAGUCAAUGAAAUCAUCAGGAAGGAGUUUUCUGGACCUCCCUCCAGAAACCAGACGUAGAAGCAGCCAUCAUCGCAAGACAUCCGUGCCUCGGACCCCCACCUGGAGCCCUCGCCGCCUCGCUUCUGUCCCUCUCUGUUCAUCUCCUGGCCAGAGGCCCCACGGGAGCCACGCUCGGGCCAGCUGCUGGCACAGGAGCUCGCCGCCCCUCUCUGGAAACGCCAGAGCACCUCUUCCUUUCGAAUUUCGAGUCCCAAAGACCCUCCCGGUUGACCUUCACAGCGACCCAUCUGGAUGUCACGUGCCUGCUGACCAGAACCACAUUGGGAAUGUGGCGGGAAGCUGGAACUGGCCCGAGGCCGGAGUGGCUGGAGUGGGAGGGGAAGGGCUGGGGACGAGGUGGGCUCGAUGGAGCCCCAGCCCCUGCGUUCACUUUUCCAGGUCCUGGGAUCAGCUCCUGGCCCUUCUGAGGRAGACAGGGCCUCAGAGCCACCAAGGGAAUGUGGCCGCCGAGUCCAGCUGACGCACCCCACACCCUCGAGGCCGAGGCCGAGACUGGACCGUUGUCCGUGGUGCUCUCCUCACAGUGGGCCACAGCGGGAGCUUUAUUUUGGGAUUUUCUCCUUCCCAAGCAAACUGCCUUGCCCAGACCGGAUCCCCAGUCACGACGGCUCGGUGUUGACGUGUACACGUUUGUCAUUAUCAUUAUUCUAUGCUUCAGAGAGCUGGCCAAGGAGGCUGGGGGCUGAGCCUUCUCGGCCAGUAGCUCUCUCCCCCUGCU